GGAGGGCGGCGCUCCCGACGCAGCCUACGCGCAUGUCCGCACAGGGGGCUACACGUGGUUCGUGUAAACCAGCGUCGCAGACGCAAAGCAGGCGCUUCAGAAAUGGCGGCUCACGCUGGCGGCUCCACGCAGCUGCUGCCUUGCAUUUUCUCGCCCAAACCGCGACAGUACUUAGCGCUGUGUGCCCAGGAUGGCCGACUUCGCGUUUGGAACACAGACAGCAAAUCCCUUCACCAAGAGUACGUGCCUUCAGCCCACCUGAGCGCCACUUGUACCUGCAUAGCCUGGGGACCAUGCCGGACAGUCAAGGAGGGGCCCAAGAAGAAGAAGAGGCGAUCGGAGGCAGGGCAGUCGGAGGAGAAGGCAGACCUGCUGGCGAUGGGCACAGCAGCGGGAACUGUGCUCAUCUACAGCGCAGCAAAGGGGGCACUGCACUGUACCCUGGAUGGAGGCCAUAGUGGAGGAGUGAAUUGUGUCCAGUGGCACCCUGAAGACAGUUUAUUAUACAGCGGCUCAGAUGAUACAAACAUUAUUGAAUGGGAUCUGCAAACGGGGAAGAUGCGGAGCAAGUGGAAGGCAGACCGUGCUGCAGUGACCAGUUUGUGUGUGAGCCACGAUGGGAAGCUGCUGCUCUCGGCUGGACAGAUAAUCAAGAUGUGGGACCUGGACACCAAGGAGGUUUACAGGAAAUUCACAGGCCACUCCACAGCUGUGACGACCCUGUGCUUCGCCACCACACGACCUCCCGACAGCAACGGCCUCUAUUUCCUAUCUGGUGCCGCACAUGAUCGACUGCUCAGUGUAUGGCAAGUACGAGAAGACGGAAAGGACAAGAACUCGGUGGUGUCCUUCACACUGACGGACGAGCCUCAGCACAUCGAUCUCGUCACCUCCAACAGCAAGGAAGAGCCGGUGAAGCUGGCGGUGGUGUGUAAGGAUGGCCAGUUGCAUCUCUUUGAGCACUUUUUGAACGGACCCUGCAAGAAGCCUUUGUCACCCGUGUGUACGGUGCAGAUGUCGGACACAAAAGUCUCCCCAGUGCCCAUCCCCCUGCUGGCAGCGGUCCUCGGGGCCGAUAGUCGGACAGUCCUGCUGUCCUACGGCAACCACCUACAGCCUGUUAUGGAGAAGGUGGAGAUUAACACAUCAGAGAGACAUGUCUGUUUGACCCGGGAUGUUCAGACCAGUCUGUCCCUUUCCAUGGAAACCACAGUUUCCAAGGUGAAAACCCCGAUUGUUAACACCAAGAGCAAAGUGUUGGUCCCAGGGCUUCCUGGCCACCAAGCCCCGGUGAAGGGAACCGCUCGGGGAUCAGAGAAGAGGAAAAAAGACACAGACACCAAAGAGAUGUCAAUAGCGGAGCGACUUGGUGAAAUUGAUCUGUCUACAGUCACCUCUGAGAAGGGAGCUCCCAAAGGGAUGGCCUCUUUGCAGACGGACAACUUUGCCGUGCUGCUGGUUCAGGGCCUGGAGAGCGACGACCCCAACAUCCUAAAUAAAGUAUUCCAAACUCGCAAAGAGAAUAUAAUAAAGAAAACGGUUGCUCGGUUACCCCUCCCUGCUGUUUUACCAUUAUUGGAACAGAUCACCAAGAGGCUCCAGGGCCAUCCUUUUAUGGCGGCUCUCAUGGUACGGUGGCUCAAGGCAGUAAUCAUGCACCACACAUCAUACCUGUCAUCGCUGCCGGACCUGGUAACCCAGCUGGGAGUGCUGUAUCACAUGAUUGAGAGCAGAGUGAAGAUGUUCCAGAAGCUAACCAAGCUGCAUGGGAAACUGUAUCUCCUGAUGACGCAGGUGGCGACAAGUGACAGUGGUAACACAGUUGCAGAGGUUGACCACACAGCAAAGCUGGUGUAUGAAGAGGAGUCAUCUGAUGAAGAUGAGGCCUCUGGUGACGAAGGUCUUCCUGGUGACGACUCUGAUAACUGGGAGGAGGAUGAGGAGGUGGUGAUGGACGAAGAUGAGAAUCCAGACAGCAGAACAGAAUCCAAAGCCAACGGAGAGGAAGACAUGGAGCACGAGAAUGAGAGCGAAGAAGAAUGAAUGAGGAAAAAUACAAAUCACACACAAAAUGGACCUGAAAGAGUUAUAUAAACUUUCAUUUUAUUUUUCAUGCUUUUGAUUUUAUUAUCAGAACAACGUGUGGUUUUACAGAAUCAAGGGACACAUGUUGAAUCCAUGGCAGGUUGGUGAUGUCCUGCUCCCUGUCUUUUUGCCCCCGUCUGAGGAACAGAUGCUCCAUUUUUUUGGGAGGAGGGCAAAACGUGCAAAAUAAUAAGUGAUGCCAGUUCUCCUCCUGCUCUGUCUGAUCAGUCUGCACACCAACUCUGCAGUCGGAGUUUGCAUUGAAAACGACUCAACAGAUCGUUUGGUGGCGUUCCAGUUUGCCUACACAGCAGGCCGCAUUCCUAAUUUCAGUGUCGUUAUAUAAUAAAUAGUAUUAGAGUAUUUUGUAUAUCCAGCAUAACAAUAGAUGAGACAGCACUCUGUCUGUAAUUGGUUUAUUUUAACCCAACUCUGUAGGUCAUCUGAAACGCUGCUCGCUGUAGGUGCGGAGUUGAGAUGCAGAGCCUCCGGCUCUUUUGUUGUACAGAAAACCGCUUGAUCCGGAGGUGGGCUUGCCAGGCGAGACCAUAUAUCAUGUCCCCACACAAUGUAAAUCUUUAUGUACAGUGAAGUGUUUGUAUGAGCUCUUCCCUCUACAGUUGUCCCCUAGAAACCCCUUGGGAUUAAAUGAACUCAUGUAAAGUC